GGGGGAGAGAGAGAAGGUCGUGGUUGGACUUGCACCCAAAUGUGUGUGUCUGUGUGCAGUUGUAAGUGUUACGUGUGUUUACUUAUUAUCAAUUUACACUUAAAAAUUCAAUUUCAGGCUUCCUAUGGAAGUUCGAGCCCAGUUGGCUCGUUGUCUUCUGAGGAUCAUGAUUUCAACCCUACAGUAGAAAUGCUAGUGCAUGAUUAUGAUGAUGAGCGAACCCUUGAAGAAGAAGAAAUGUUAGAGGGAGGGAAGAAUUUCACUUCUGAAAUUGAAGAUUUGGAAAGGGAGAGCAACAUGCCGCUGGAUGAUUUGCUGGCACUUUAUGGGUAUGAACCCUCUGGUCCUGUGAUUGAAAAUGAGAAUCCAGGAAGUUCACCGAGUGAGCUCGCUGAUGAACUACCUGAUAUGACCCUUGAUAAGGAAGAAAUAGCAAAAGACCUACUAUCCGGUGAUGAUGAAGAAACACAGUCUUCUGCUGAUGACCUGACACCAUCUGUCACUUCUCAUGAAACAACAGAUUUGUUUCCACGCCACUUAAGAUCAAGUACUACCUUUGAUGGUGAUAAAGAAUCUGAGGAUGAAGAAGAUUGUGCUCCACCUGAAGACUUGAAAAAGGAAAUAAUGGUGGGGUCUCAGUAUCAAGCUCAAAUUCCGUCCAGUCUCUGCAAAUACAAAGAUAAUGAAAAGGUCUAUGAAAAUGAGGACCAGUUACUUUGGACUCCUUAUUUCCUUUCUGAAAGUACAGUGAAAGAAUUCCUGCAUGAAGCAGCAGAGAAAUCUGGAGAUGAGAAAGGUGUGGGUGGUAUACCUGAAGGGGUGCAUGUGAGAGAUAAUGAACAGGCACUAUAUGAACUCGUAAAAUGUAACUACAUUGUUAAAGAAGCACUCAGAAGUUACCACUUAAAUGUGAAGGCUGCACGGGAUGAUCAGUCUGCUUGGACAGAAGAGGAAUGCAGAAACUUUGAACUUGGCCUUCGACUCUAUGGUAAAGAUUUUCACCUUAUACAAGCAAAUAAGGUCCAAACUCGCUCUGUAGGGGAAUGUGUAGCUUUCUAUUAUAUGUGGAAGAAAUCUGAACGAUAUGACUACUUUGCCCAACAAACCAGAUUUGGAAAGAAGAAAUACAAUCUUCAUCCUGGAGUUACGGAUUAUAUGGAUCGCCUAGUGGAUGAAGCUGAAAUGGGAAUGUUGAAUAGAGUAGCAAAUUCUCCAUCCAUGUAUCUUCCUACCAAUAGAUCAGAAAUAAUUUCUGACCAACAGCACAAUCUUAUGAGCUCUGUGAUUGGAAGUGAGUUUUCUGCAUUGACCAGUGUUGGUACAGCAUGCAACGUUACAGAUGUAAGCUGCUUGGAUUCAUAUAAUUUUCCUCCAUUGGACAGUUUGCACACAAAAGGACCAACUACACAUGUGCCUGUUUUAAUAGAAGAGUCACUUGGUUUGCCUACAAAUGGUGAUACAGACUGUCUAAAUUUGUUUGAGACUGGAUUCUACCAUUCCGAAUUAAACCAGAUCAGCAUGUGCAAUGAAGACUCAGAAAGACCUGCAAAGCGAUUGAAAAUGGGGAUCUCGGUUCCAGAAUCUUUUAUCAAUGACGUUUCUGUAAAUAACCUGGGUGUGGAUUUUGAGAACCACACGCAUCAUAUCACUAGUGCCAAAAUGUCCGUAUCAGUUGCGGAUUUUAGCAACUUAUCUGGUAGUGAAGCAAAUGGCUUCAUUAGUUCCCACACACUACAUCAGCACACAGCUCUCCAAUCAGAGUGACUCCUGCAUUGAAACUUCUCACAAAAUAGUGGUUAUGCAGUAACAAUGAACUUGGUGGGGAGCCAUCGAGUUUAGGUCAUUCACUGGAAGUUUGAAUUUUUUUACUAUGACGUCAGUGAUGUCUUUUUCUUAUAGAACCUAAUCUUGAUUUCUCAAGAGUUUAAAUAGCCAUUUAUUUUCAGUCCCUGAUAACAUAGAAAUUUCAGAGAUUAUGUUCGUACAGCAGAGUUUGGGACUUCAUUUGAACCUUCAUGGUGCAGUCUUGAACACUCAAGCCUUUGCACCACCUUUGUAGCCAGUAGACAAAGGAGUCAUUUCACCUUCUGAUACCAACAGUGGGGAACAAUGGAAACAAUGAAAAUGGCUGCCUCAGCUCUACUAUCUCAGUAGUUGGUACAGAGGAAUAUUAAUGUUUACAGGUACCUAGCCUUGUCCCUGGCUAAUGUAGCAUUUCAGAAAUGAACUGCAGCACUUCAACAAACAACAAGAAAUUGCAUUUAUACAACGCCUUUCACUUUGGGAGGACGUCAGUGCAAAGACCUGCAUAAACAACGCCUUCUCUCAUCCAUUGAAUUGACACAAAGCAGAGCACUUCAGUUUACAGAGCCGUGAGUGCAUCUUUUGGAAGAAAAUCGAUGGAUGGAAUAAAAGAGGGAAACCUGCAGGCAUGCAUGUGUCUAGCAAGAAUUGGGUAUGGCUGCCAUCUGUGAACGGGUUGGAACUACUGCCAGAUUUCUGUGUACUUUAAAAAGAAAACUCUUCAAGCUUUUAUUGAUUGGAUUAAAUAUUGAAUUUUGUGAUAUUGUAUAUUGAUGUUUAUUUUUUUUUAAAAGACUUUAAAGAUUGUAUUAUAGUGUAUCUCAAACUACACAAUGCAUUGUAUAUCUUAUGAGAUUUCCUGGGGCAGCUGAAAUAGUCUUGACACAACUUAGGACUUGCCACUUAAGACACAAUUCUGUUUGACAGUCUAUCCAAGCCUCUUGCAGCAGUUCAUCGUGUUUUGUAUUGAAUGCUGUGUCUAUAUCCUAGCAAAUAUAAUACAGUAGAACCUUGACAAACAAGAUUUAAUUUAACACCUUUCUAAUGCAUUCCAUUUUUUAAAAAUUGGUCACAGUGUCAGUUUAAAGAUUUUGGAAUAAAUAAUUAAAUUGAGGAUUAAAUAUUGAGCUUUAGAUUACUGACUUUCUUACCUUGUAUACCUAUCACCUUUUUUUAAAAGGCAGCCUUUUUGAAAAUCAAAUAGUAUUUGCAAGUGAUUGUUUUUAACAAUAGCUGAAAAUUAUCCAUUAGUAAGGUACCUUUAGGAAUUGCUCAUUUAUCUGAUGUUUAUGGAAAAUUUCUGAAUAUCCUAAAAAUACAUACAUUUUAUAUGUUUAUGGUGCAAGAAGUAUUCUGGGUUUCACGCUCUAAUUCUUCAAAUAUAUCUGCAUAUUUUUUCUUCCAUUAACAUAGAUAAUUAAAAUUGUUUUCAGUGCAUUAAAAUAUGUAUGAAGGUGGUACAAAAUACCAAAACCAAUCGAGAAAGCUGCCUUUUCCUUUGUAAUAAUUUUGAGAAGGUUUUACUGUAUUAUGUUUGAGAAUAAUUUGCUGAUAGUGUAAGUUACUUGAAGUGUGAAGAGGGUGGUAUAGGCAACAUAAUGAACUGCUUUGGUAUACUGUUUUGUAAAUUUUAUAUUUAUUGUAUUUGAAAAGAACAUCUCUCACAAUCACCUGAAAAGGUGAAUCUCUACACCAGGUUUGGCCCUAGUGGAAUUAAAUGCAGCAAAGGUGGUUUGAGAAGCUGGUUUGAUUUUCUGUAUAGAUGAGCAUGACUGUACAGCCAUAAUGUGUGGUGGUCUUUCAGUUAAUAUACAGGAAUCUUGUACGAUAGACAAAGCUAUGGGUUCUAAAACAGUAAAUAAAGACAUAAAGGUACAUGAUACAGAAGUAACGGGUAGCCUCGGCUCUUGCCAGUAUUGCGUGGAAUUGUAACCCAAGUCAUUAGCUUCUUGUAGCUGUGUUUAUGUGCUGAUCUAUGCAUUUGUCUCUUUUUUUUCUUUUUGAUGUUAACUGCUCCUAGAAAUGUACUCGUGGAAAUGCUAUACAUAUCUGUUCAUUAGUAUAUUUGAGCAUAACUGGAUUUGCAAAGGCUAGUCUGUACAUUGGUUGCACUUUUUUGAGAAAUUUUUGAAAACCAUUCCUAGUGCAUUACAAAUACAGAAUUUAACUAUGCAUUCAGACUUUGUGAGUUCCCUUGGCAAACAGAAGUGUAGUUUUAUUAUUACAGGGUUUAAUUAAAAUUUUCAUAGAAUGGAUUUGCCUGUGAUUUUAAAACGCAACAGAUGGAGAAAGCAGCCACGGGGGGAAACGGUGUGUGUCUCCCACAUAUUAGAAUUUUUGGUUAUUUUUAGUAUUGGUUACUUGCUAUCAAUUUGACAUAAUUUGUUAUUUUUUCUGAAUUGGGUUUGGCAUACGGAGCCUGAAGCUCGGUGGCAAAAAUGCUAAACCAAGAUCAUUGAGAUGUGUAUGAUACCGAUAACCAAAACUAAUACCAAAUGCUGAUUGGAAACUGGUAUUGUAGAAUUUUGUAAAUGUCCUUAUUUUUUGUGUUCAUAUUAAACAGCGCAAUAAUUUGACAGAAUGUAAUUAUGUAGAAUUUCUGCAUAUAGUAGAUUUUUUUCAGUUUUUGGAAGUGUCAUGAAAUGAUGCUUGAUUUUUUUUCUAAACCAGAAUCUUACCAUUUAAACCACUGGGAUUUAGAAUACCUUGCUGUUCAAUGUCUAGCUUUGUUUAAAAUGCUGGCCAAAGAUGACUCUUGUUUUCCAUUUCCAUGUUGAGAAGUCAGUUCUAUAUACUAAUUCAUUCAGAAGUGUAACUGGUGCUGCAGUGGAUAUAGCAAUACUUUACCCAAGAUGAGACCAUGCUUGCACAUUAGCAUAAAUGAUAGCAUCCUAAUGUAAACUGUUCCAUUUACUUGAAGGUUGUAUAUGGCUAAAGAAUAUCGAAGUGCAUACGAUUAGGUCAUUUAAAAUUGUGCAAUUUUUCCUUAUUGGCUGGAGGUAAAGACCUGUAUUGCAAAAAACCUCAUUUGUCAAACUUAGUAAUAUUUAUUUUUAACUAAAGUCUGUAGUUAUGAAUUUAAAUUGCUCUUAUUGAAAGCAAAAUGGUGGCUAGUUGGCACUCUUUACUGUGGCAAGUUGUCCACAGAGGUUUGAACGGUUGAAGGGUCUGAACAGAAAAGGAAGUUUUGUACAAUGUGAAAACUCAAAGCAACCUGGUACUGGUAAUCAAUACAGAGUAAAUGUUUUACAUAAAAGAAUAAACCACUGACAAAACAGUUCUGAUAAAAUAGUACUACAGCUCCUCUUUACUGUAUUGUUGCUGGAUUAGUAAUAGAACUGUCUGUGACUAAAAUGGCCCAAUUAGUGACAAUCAAGACAGCAUUUAGUUUUUGAAGAUAUUCAUGGGGAAAUCUCUAAUGUUGCAUUUGGUUUUAAUAUUUGUAUAUAAACACUGAAGGUUUUGUUCAGCAUUAUUUUGUACUUCUGUUGUACCUUGAUAUGUGGUGUACACCAUUCCAGAAAUAAAAGUCUGGAAAUCUCA